UCUCUCUCUCUCUCUCUCUCUCUCUCUCUCUCUCUCUCUCUCUCUCUCUUCACCCCAUCACAAUAUAUCCUACCCCCCACACAUUCUUAUCCUUCUUAUCGUUUUCUCUCUCUCUCUCUCUCUCUCUCUCUCUCUCUCUCUCUCUCUCUCUCUCUCUCUCUCUCUCUCUCUCUCUCUCUCUCUCUCUCUCUAACUCCUUCUCUGCCUGUUCAUGUUAUUGUGGUGCUUGUCCAUGGCAGUGAAACGACAACAAGUCGAGCAGCCAAUCAGAGAGCAGGAUUUAGACUGGAUCAUGGUGCACUGUGGUGCGGGGACAGAUAGCUGAUGUAAACAUGCCUGAAGUUCCAUCUGCAGAGAGCUCGAGCGAGCAGCAGCCAGAAAACACGUCGAGGAAAAGAACGUUAGACAACACAGACGAUUACACCGCAAAAAAGAAACAAUGCUGCUGGGGUAUUUUAACUAGCCAAGGGUCAUGGGCGGACCGGUCCCCUCUCCACGAGGCAGCGUGUCAGGGCCGUCUCCUGGCCCUCAGGACCCUACUCUCACAGGGUUACAACGCAAACAUCCCUACCAUAGACCAUGUGACGCCGUUGCAUGAGGCUUGCCUGUCAGACCACGCGUCAUGCGCCAAGGCGCUUAUUGCAGCUGGUGCCAAUGUAAAUGCCACCACCAUUGAUGGGGUGACGCCGCUGUUCAAUGCCUGCUCGGCGGGCAGUGCCACCUGUACAGAGGUACUGCUUGAAAACGGAGCCAAGCCCCAGUCAGAGAUAUGCCAGCCCUCGCCCAUACACGAAGCCUCCAGCAAAGGCAGAAUUGCUUGUCUGGAGGCUCUGAUCACAUGGGGAGCAGACGUGGACUAUGAUAUUCCUCACCUAGGAACCCCCCUGUACAUCGCCUGCAUCUCCUCAGGACUCCAGUGCACACAGAAACUCCUCGAUGGAGGGGCCAAUGUGCAGAAGGGCAGGUUCCUGGAGAGCCCGCUCCAUGCAGCAGCUCAGAAGGACUGUACUGAGAUCAUCAAUGUGUUGUUAGAGUUUGGAGCGAACAUUAACGCUAAAAACCUAGAGCUGAAGAGACCGGUGGAGUCAGCCCCACCUAACAGCGCAGCAGAGGAGACGUUACUGCUGCAUGAAGCAACACCCCAGUCACUAUGUCAGCUGUGUCGUCUCAGUAUCAGAGAUUAUAUGGGCCGAUCUCGACUACACCUCAUCCCUCAGCUACACCUCCCCAACCUUCUCAAACGCUUCCUCCAGUACAGAUAGAACACAACGCGCUCUCUCUCUCUCUUUCUGUCUCUGUCCGUCUCUCUGUCUGUUGCUCUUUCCCUUCCCUCUCUGUCUUCCUCUCUCUCUCUUUCUGUCUCUGUCCAUCUCUCUGUCUGUUGCUUUUUCCCUUCCCUCUGUUUCUCUCUGUCUUCCUCCUCCUCUCUUUCUAAAGGAGAGCAUCGUCAUAAUAGAGGAUAUCCUUUAUCCCAUCCUCUCUCUUUCUUUCUCUCUGUUUCUCUCUCCAUCCAUCUUUAUCAUCAAGUGAAUUUUUGUAUCACCCACCGAACCUUAUUUCUUUUUAACCCAGAACCUCAAACGCACCGAAUCCCUCCCAUUCACUGACAUCUGUUUUAACUGUCUCUCUGAAGCACCUACGCGCAUGGUCAUGUAAAUGUGUAUAUUCUGUUACAUUGACCAAAACAAGAGUUUGAAUGCUCAAAAUAACUAAAUAUUAACACUGCGUAAUACUGUGUUAUUGGUCCUUGUUAAAAUGACACCCCCACUGCGGUGAUCGUUGUGAUCCCAACUUGUCAGAACGUUGUCUGUAAAGAUGUGUAUUGGUGUAUAUCAUGUUUUUCUGCACAUUACUAUCUAAGUCAAGUGGAUCAUCUGCAUGUCACUUUGGUUUUGUAUCCAAUAAUCCUGUGCACGCCAUACGUUUAACUGCCUAAUAUUCAUUGGCCCAAAUAAUGAAAGGGGUCAUUGAAUGUUUAAUGUAAUGUAUAACAUAAUGUACUUUAAUGUACACAUAUUGAAUGUUAUGUCAUCUUGAUUGAAUGAGCUGCCUUUAUGCUACCAAUGAUGUAAACAAGAGAACAUCAUGUACUUUAAUGUACAGUGUUAUCUUGCUUGCAUCAUUGGUAGCAUAUAUUUUUAUUUAUUUUAUUUCACCCUUAUUUUACCAGGUAAGUUGAGUGAGAUCACAUUCUCAUUUACAACAACGACCUGGGGAAUAGUUACAGGGGAGAGGAGAGGGGAUGAAUGAGACAAUUGUAAGCUGGAGAUGAUUAGGUGACUAUGAUGGUAUGUGGGCCAGAUUGGGAAUUUAGCCAGGACACUGGGGUUAACACCCCUACUCUUACGAUAAGUACCAUGCGCUCUUUAGUGACCACAGAGAGUCAGGACACCCGUUUAAACGUCACAUCCGAAAGACGGAUAUAUGCAGCUCAUUCAUUACACAUUGACAUGUGUACAUUAGAGAUUCAAUGACUCCUUGUAAUUCCCCGAUAAUGUGGAAGAAGUAAAAAAUAUUUAAAGUGAUACCAUGAUAAUUUGAUUGUGUCUGUCCUAUAUGAGGCUCUUAUGCUAAUCAGAUGUACUGUGAAUAAUAUUGUAUUUCAAUAAUUUUCUUAUAUAAUAUUAGCCAACUAAUAUAUUAACGUGACAUGUAUAUGCAUAACUCACUGAAAAAUGUACAGUAUUUUGCCAAAACUCAUUUCACAUACCUCUCACCUGUUUCACUCUAAUAAAUCAGAAGGUUAUUCCAUGA